AUCGACAUAAAAUUUUCAUUUUAUUUAGUAAUACAUGAAGGGUGUUGGAUGGAAGCAAGAACUUGUGAGAACUGUGUCCAUUUCUUGAUUAGCAUUACCAGUGUUCCAGGCUUGACAUCAAAGCUGCCUCUUUUAAGAACAACAGCUGCUCAAGCUUCACAAGUUGUGACCAAGAAUGCUGCUAAAGCAUCACAGUUCGCGACCAAGAGUGCUGCUCAAGCAUCACAAUUUGUUACCCAGAGUGGACCUUCCUUGUACAAGGACUUGCUGGAGCGUAAUAAGCAAUAUAUCCAAGAUCCAUCCAACGCAGAGAAAUGUCAAUUAUUAGCCAAACAGUUGUUUUACACUCGUCUUGCCAGUAUUCCUGGCCGUUAUGAAGCAUUUUGGAAGGAGCUUGCUGAGUUGAAGAACCUCUUGAAGAACAGGCAGGAACUGAAUCGAGAGAAAGCUGGCAUUGCUGCCCUGUUUGGACUCGAGUGCUUAGCUUGGUUCUGCUGCGGAAAGAUUAUUGGACGUGGGUUUACUAUUACAGGUUACCAUGUUUAAAACUUCCAGUUAUUAAACUUGAUUGAGCAAACCAAUCUGGCUUGCAUUGGAAAUUGCUUCUCUCUUAAAAUUCUGAACUGUUUGAUCAACUAGGCAAAUCCUGGAACUAUAACAUCCAAAUUUUGUCGGCUUUUUCUUCAUUUCCAUUUUCAUGAUUUUCAUUCAUGGAAUCAUAAAUGUCACUUUUAAUU